GGGAAGAGGAAGUGGGAGCUCGGGAGAAGCGGAAAUUGCAGCAGCAGCAGCCGCACCAGCCGCCGCCAGCCCGGGAAGCGCCGGCGGGGAGCCAGGGCAGCGGCCGCCGCACGACGCGGCGGGGGCAGCAUGUGGAAGGCUACUGCAGGCCACACCAUUCCUGUCAGUCAGGAUGAUGGAGCUGAUGACUGGGAGACGGACCCUGAUUUUGUGAACGAUGUGAGUGAGAAAGAGCAGCGCUGGGGGGCUAAAACUGUGAAAGGAUCCGGCCAUCAAGAGCACAUCAAUAUUCAUCAGCUGAGAGAGAAUGUGUUCCAAGAACACCAGAACCUCAAAGAGAAGGAGCUUGAAACAGGACCAAAAGCUUCCCAUGGCUAUGGAGGGAAAUUUGGCGUUGAACAAGAUCGCAUGGAUAAAUCAGCAGUUGGACAUGAAUAUCAAUCCAAACUUUCUCAGCAUUGCUCCCAAGUGGAUUCGGUGAAAGGGUUUGGUGGCAAGUUUGGAGUGCAAACGGAUCGAGUUGACCAGUCAGCUGUUGGGUUUGAAUAUCAGGGGAAAACUGAGAAGCAUGCCUCCCAGAAAGACUACUCAAGUGGUUUUGGUGGAAAAUACGGAGUACAGGCUGACAGAGUGGACAAGAGUGCAGUGGGGUUUGACUACCAGGGUAAAACUGAGAAACACGAGUCCCAGAAGGAUUAUUCCAAGGGCUUUGGUGGUAAAUAUGGUGUUGACAAGGACAAAGUGGACAAAAGUGCUGUUGGCUUUGAAUAUCAAGGCAAAACGGAAAAACAUGAAUCACAGAAAGAUUAUGUGAAGGGAUUUGGAGGCAAGUUUGGUGUGCAGACAGACAGACAAGACAAAUGUGCACUUGGCUGGGAUCACCAAGAGAAAGUGCAGCUGCACGAGUCCCAGAAAGACUAUAAGAGUGGUUUCGGAGGGAAAUUUGGUGUACAGACAGAAAGGCAGGACCCAUCUGCUGUGGGGUUUGAUUACAAGGAGAAACUAGCCAAGCAUGAAUCUCAACAAGAUUAUUCCAAAGGAUUUGGUGGGAAGUACGGCGUGCAGAAAGAUCGGAUGGAUAAGAAUGCAGCAACUUUUGAAGAUAUUGAGAAACCAGCAUCAACUUAUCAGAAGACCAAGCCAAUAGAAGCUGUUGCUAAUAAAGCCAGUGCCAUCCGAGCUAACUUUGAAAACCUAGCCAAGGAGAAAGAGCAGGAAGACCGAAGGAAGGCAGAAGCUGAGAGAGCACAAAGAAUGGCCAGGGAGAAACAGGAACAGGAGGAGGCUCGAAGGAAACUGGAGGAACAAGCUAAAGCCAAAAAACAAACCCCACCACCAUCUCCUAGCACACAGCCAGCGGAGCAGAAAGCACCCACCAGCCCAGUCUACGAGGAUGCAAUUUCCUACGAAGCAGAGUCUGCCCACAAGAAUUCCACUGCAACAUAUCCAGCUGCUCGUGAGCCAGAGCCUGGCUACAAGGCUGCAGAGUCAGACUACCAAGAGGCAGUGAGUCAGCGAGAGGCAGAAUACGAACCAGAGACUGUCUAUGAAGUGGCAGGGGCAGGAGACCAUUACCAAGCAGAAGAGAAUGCUUAUGAUGAAUAUGAAAAUGAACUUGGAAUUACAGCCAUAGCCCUUUAUGAUUACCAAGCUGCUGGUGAUGACGAGAUUUCCUUCGACCCUGACGACAUCAUCACGAACAUCGAGAUGAUCGACGACGGUUGGUGGCGGGGGGUCUGCAAAGGCCGCUACGGGCUCUUCCCAGCCAACUACGUGGAGCUCAGACAGUAAAGACUUAUUGUCUACUGGUGAUGCCUUAAUUCCCCAGUCAAGAAAUCUGACUUAAUAACACUACAAAUCGUUGAUGCUUUUCUGAGGAUGGAGGGAUAUAGACAUAUUGCUUUUAUAUUUAAUACUUUGCUGAUGCUUUUUAAGAUGUUUAUGCCACAGAAAUCGCUAAUAUAUUGUAACUCCUCUGUUCUUCACUUAGAAGGCUCUUCAAAUGGUUUUCAUGCAUUUGGAAACAUCUCCUCUCUGCCAAAUGAACAACUGUCAUUAAAAACAAAAGCCUUUCCGAGGACAGUUAGCUGUCUGUUGUAAUAUUGCAUGUUUUACUCAUGAGUGAGCAGAUUUACUUAGUGUUUAAGUCUAGUUAGUCUUCCACUACAUGUUUGCAGGUAGGAGAAUGGUGGCUCUGCGGGCUGGUUGCAGGAGUGGGGAAGCACUGGGGAGGUGCCAUCCUUCUGUUCUUUUCUUUCCGAGACAGUGCUUGGAAAAGCAAAGAGAAUGCUUGAAGGUUGCAGCUCAUGGCAGUUAAAUACUGCCCAGUAUUUAUGGAAUAUUAAUGUUAUAAAGGAAACAAGUCUGGCUACUUUUUUCCUUCUUUUUUUUAAAGUGAAGUUCCUUGGCUCUUGCAUUGAUUUUGGGGUUUUUUUUAUUGUUAUUAUGAUGUUUUUCCCUCCUGAUCCUGCUCCUCCUAUCCAUGUUAUUCCAGAGGAGGGCUGCAAACACUCUAGCACUGAUUGUCCCAACUUUGCUUUGCUUUUUGUUUUUGUUUCACCCUCCUCUUUCCCAGGAAAACUCUCAAAAGUUACCAGUGUUGAGUCACUCAGCGAGAUCCCUGCUUGUUGUAAAGUGGCACCCAAAUCUAUGAGACUACCUGCAGGAAUAGCCUCAUUGCUUUAACUAAGAGAAAAAAAAGGCAGGAUGGAUUUGCAGCUGUGUUGUGUGUGCAAUGCAUCCCCUGUUCCUCCAAGGAUGGCCUGCUGUGCAGUAAUGACAUUUCCUGUAACCACAUUUGAGUCGAGGAACGCUGAUACAAGUCAUUAGAUUUCAAGCCCAUAUAAAUAUCUCCCAUUUUUAAACCACACAAGAGACAACCCUGCUUUUUGUAUGCUCAACAAACUGAUGGUAACGUUCUUCUCAGCAACAAAAUGAACCCUGUUCCUUGCCAAAACUGAAACUUGAGCUUCUUGUUGUUUGAGGAAAGCUGCCUUCACCACGGCUUUAGGGUCCCUACCAAAGAGAAGCAAGUUGCAUCUACUAGUGCACGUGUUCAGUGUUAUGUACUGUCUGGUUCCACCUCCUGAAUGCAAUGGGAUUGGCAGAACUGGUGUAGCAGCUAAGGAAGAGUGCUAAGAAAGGAUUUUUAUAACCUAUACAUUUGGACCAAGGGGAAUAUAAGAGAUCUGUACACAAAAUGGGGAAGGAAGAGGGGGCAUCAUGGUGAACCAAUUCUGGGAUGGAUGGGACAAUCCUUAAUGAAUGUCAUGUCUGUCAUGAUUAUAUAUAUAUAUAUAUAUAUAAAAAUAUAUAUAUAUAUUUCUUUUCCCUUUCCAUGGUCUCAUCUCUGUGUUAUUUGCAUUACUAGGGUUGGGUUUUAUAUGCAGUUUAUUUUAUCCAAUUUUGCAUAGAACACCUCAUAGGGAUAUGAUUUUUGUAAAUUAAAUAUUCAAUAAACUUUUGGAACCAUUGGCAUGGAA